AUCAAUCUGUCAUCUGCUGUCCACCAACUGAUGCAUUAUUUGGCCACUGCGCAUGCGUGCAGCCAGGUGUCACCCUCCUGUCCACUAGGGGGCGCUGCCUGCUGACGCUAGUGUCGGUGUGUCAGUGCUGCUACAUGUGACAUUGACAUCAACAGAGGCACAAUGAGGCUGACCGCUCUCCUGUCCAUGGCAGCCAGGGUUGUUGUACCCAAAGAUCUCCGCUACGGCACCAACAGACCGUGGACGCCGGCUGCUAAGAGACUGAAUCCUCCGGGGAAGAAGAGGAGAAAGGUGUUUGUGGAGCCAUUAGCGCCAGAGGACUGGUCUGUGCUCAGAGGGGACACGGUUGAGAUUCUCGCAGGGAAGGACAAAGGAAAGCAAGGAAAAGUGAUCCAAGUCUUCAGACACAGAAACUGGGUUAUCCUGGAGGGACUAAACACACAUCACAGGUAUGUUGGAAAAACGGGGGAUUACCGUGGAACCUAUAUUGCCAGUGAGGCUCCCAUUUUGCUCCGUGAUGUCGCCCUCGUUGACCCUUCAGACAGGAAGCCCACUGAGGUAGAGUGGAAAUUCACAGAGCAGGGUGAGAGAGUCCGAGUGGCUCUCAGGACGGGUCGAAUCAUCCCGAAACCUGUUGUGGAGCGACGAGAUGGCAUCGUGCCACAGCAGUGGAAAGAUGGUCCCAAAGACACCAGUCCAGAAGACACGCUAGAAAAGACCUAUGUACCAUCUCUGAAAACCCUGGAGGAGGAAGUCAUGGAGAAACUGGGCAUCCAGGAGAACAAGAGGAACCGAAGGUCCUACUGGUACUGACCAGGGAAACACUGGGUCAGAGACAGAUCAGAGACACUCGUGCCUCAUUGUGCUAUCGGGUUUUCAAAGGGACUCUGAAGACACCAUAUUUUGAUGGCUGAAUGACGAAUCAAAAAAAGACAAUGUGAGGAUGACAUGAGUAAGGCUUAUGGACUGUAAAAUACUGGUGAAACACACAUAUUAUUAAGGAAAUAAUCGCAUUGUAAACAUGUAAGGCAGAGAAACAACAGAUGUGCAAAGAAAGCUGAUCUGCAACUUAAAUGUUUCCUGAAUGGGUUCAGGUUUAGUUAUUCUCUUGUUUCUUUGUAAUUUUGUGAAUAAAUGUCACAAGUAAACAAA